AGAGAGAAGACAAGCAGGAUCUCAGCUCCGAGUCCUCAGCACCUUCUCAUACAAUGACAUGAUAUUGCACACAGAGUGUCAGGAUUGGGGGGCUGAAGGCAUCUCAUCAUCACAUCCACACCACCACCACCACCGUCAUGGACACCUCUGGGCACCUUCAUGAUUCAGGGGUUGGCGACAUGGAAGAAGAACCCAAAUGCUACUGCCCGUUAUCGGGCGACUCUGUGAACCAGCUGCAGAGCCACCAUCACAGCCUGUUGCACUCAUCUUCUCCGUCAGCUUUCAGGGCACCUCCUUCCAACAACUCCACCGUCCUCCACCACCCUUCUUCCUCCAGGCAGGGCAGCCAGCUCAAUUUAAGUGACCACUUGGUUGGACACUCUCCAACUUCAGCGUCUACAAGUGGGGCUGGCGGAGGAUGCAAGCACAGACAAGCCAGUCCUCUCGUCCACAGAAGGGACAGCAACCCAUUCACCGAAAUAGCCAUGAGCUCUUGUAAAUACACCGGAGGGGUGAUGAAGCCCCUCAGCCGACUAAGUGCCUCCAGAAGGAACCUGAUAGACUCUGAGCCCGAGAGCCAACCUCUUCAGAUCUUCAACUCCAGCAACGCUCCUGAGAUUGUCAUCUCUUCCAAGGAUGAGCACCACUCCAACCAGAAUUUGCACCACCACCAUCCCAAUGCCACGCAGAACCACUCAGGCAAUAGCACCACCGCCACCAACUACCCCAAACCCAACAAGAGGAAGCAUCAAAAUAUCGGAUACAAAUUGGGACAUAGGAGGGCGCUUUUUGAGAAGCGGAAGAGGCUCAGUGACUACGCGCUGAUAUUCGGGAUGUUUGGAAUAGUUGUCAUGGUCAUUGAGACAGAACUGUCAUGGGGUUUGUACGAAAAGGACUCAAUGUUUUCUCUGGCCCUGAAAUGCCUUAUAAGUUUAUCAUCCAUCAUUCUGCUGGGACUGAUCAUUGCUUAUCAUGCACGAGAGGUGCAGUUGUUUGUCAUUGACAAUGGAGCAGAUGACUGGAGGAUCGCCAUGACCUACGAGCGGAUUUUCUACAUCAGCUUGGAGCUGCUCAUCUGUGCCAUUCAUCCCAUCCCUGGCGAGUACAAGUUCUUUUGGAAUGCCCGCCUGGCCUUUUCCUACACGCCAUCACAGGCCGAGGCCGACGUGGACAUUAUCCUCUCCAUUCCCAUGUUCCUGCGGCUGUACUUGAUUGCCCGGGUCAUGCUCUUGCACAGUAAACUUUUCACAGACGCUUCGUCCCGUAGUAUCGGGGCGCUCAACAAGAUCAACUUUAACACUCGCUUCGUCAUGAAGACGCUGAUGACCAUCUGCCCGGGCACUGUGUUACUGGUCUUCAGCAUCUCUUUGUGGAUUAUCGCUGCCUGGACUGUGCGAGUCUGCGAGAGGUAUCAUGACCAGCAGGACGUCACCAGCAACUUCCUAGGUGCCAUGUGGUUGAUUUCCAUAACGUUCCUCUCCAUUGGCUAUGGUGACAUGGUGCCAAACACCUACUGUGGGAAGGGGGUCUGCCUGCUAACUGGCAUCAUGGGUGCUGGUUGUACUGCCUUAGUGGUGGCUGUGGUCGCUCGAAAGCUGGAGCUUACCAAAGCUGAAAAGCACGUCCACAACUUCAUGAUGGAUACACAGCUAACAAAACGGAUAAAAAACGCAGCAGCCAACGUCCUCCGGGAAACAUGGCUGAUUUACAAGCACACAAAGCUACUAAAGAAGAUUGACCAUGCUAAAGUCCGCAAGCACCAGAGGAAGUUUUUGCAGGCUAUUCAUCAAUUACGGAACGUGAAGAUGGAGCAACGGAAACUGAGUGACCAAGCCAAUACCUUGGUAGAUCUCUCCAAAAUGCAGAGUGUGAUGUAUGAUCUUAUAACUGAGCUCAAUGACCGCAGUGAGGAUCUCGAGAAACAGAUUGGAAAUCUAGAAGCUAAGCUGGACCAGAUCACUUCGACUUUCAAUACUCUUCCUGUCCUGAUCGUAGACACCCUGCGACAGCAGCAGCAACACCUUAUUUCUGUGGUACUGGAGUCACGGGCACUGGGAGUGGCUGUUGGGACUUCACAAUCUGACAGUCCUAUGGGCAUAAGUUCGGCAUCUUUUCCAACACCACACACCAGCUCCAGUAGCUGCUGACAGGCCAGACUUGUGUUGUGGACGGUAGACCUUCAACUCCUAGAGUAGGAUUAUUUAGGAGACUUUGGGAAUGCUGGCUAACUAAAUAUCAUGUAAUCUCAGCUAACCUUGAGUAGGACGUCUUGUAGGAAAGUCAGUUGGCACUCAACAUGAGGAACUACUUGAAGGUUAAGACACUAUUGCGCACCUUCUCAUUCACUGCCAAGUAACCUGCUUAGCGGAGAAGGAUCUAUUACAACCCCACUUCCUCCUGCGAAUACCUUUCCUGAUCUUCCUACUAUUGUCCUUUUUUCUUCUAACACUGCCCUCCAAUGUCCCGGCACUUCCAUGGAGGCUAAAGCCAGUGCGCGCAAUCAGUUCCGAAAUCUUGGCCUCAUCCUAUUCUUACAGACGUCUUUAUAAGUGCCUGCACAUUGAAGGUCAUUACUGUCCAAAGCAAGAGUGCACUCCCUGGUGGUAAGGCCUGCUUAAGGUCUUGCCCUCAAUGUUUUAAGUCGAUUGCCCAGAUGGUUGACAUCAGUUGAUCUUGCAGUGGAGUCCUUGUGCUUUCACACACUGAAUUCCUGUGCUUGGCAUGUAUAUGCUACACUUAUAUUCAACAAACGAACUGCUGAGUCAAAGGAGAGGCAAACGGUGGUACCGAGCCGUACCUGAAUAGCUUCGGAGUGGUGACGGCAAAUAAUCAGUUACUCACUGCGCAACGUACAUCUACCUGCCAAACAUGUGGGCGCUCACCACUUCUGUAUGUAUUUUUGCACCAAGACACAACCAAAAAAACAAAACAAAACCAAUAAUAAUAAUAAUGAUACUACGACUAGAGACCCAAACAGGUCCAGACGUCGAAGAGAUGACAGACGACUGGGGUGUGGUGUAUGAAUCACUGUGUAUCUCUCUACAGUUGGGCUGUAGACUAUGGAAAGUAGCUCAGGAGGCUAUGGAGCUACAAUCCGCCUUCCCCUCCGUUUACAAAGAAAAGUAAAACGCAAAAAGUAAUAUAUAUAUAUUUAUGCUAAAAACAAUCAAAGCCGAGCAUCCGCUCCCUCCUCAAACUUCCCUGAAAGCCGAUAUUUGCAUAAAUUAGGAAGCUGAUAAUUCUGUCACUAGGGCACCUUUCUAGUCCAGAGAGGGAACACGUAAUGGCGGCAUGCAUGUUUACACUAUGUGCCUGACCAUAUUCAUUUAAAGGGAGUCACCAGGACAAAACCCUUUAAAUUAGGGCAUGAACUAAUGAAGAUACACCCAUAAAAAGGCUCAGGACGGACUCUGAUUUGGGGGCAUUACUGGGUGUGUAUGCACCACUUUUAUUGGUUUGAUUUACAAAUGGGGCCUGGCUUAAUGGAGAUUCCCAUUGGGUUAAUAUCCAGUGACAUCAUCAGUGGCGGUUCAAGUGUCUAGUGAACAAAUUGUCUCUACAGAGACUGUAUCUGGUGACAUCAUCAGUAAUGUUUUGAUUAAUGGGGUCUGGCUUAAUGGCAGAUUCCCAUUGGGUUCAUUUCUAAAGACAUCAUCUGUGAUCUUUUAAGUGUCUAGUGAAGCAACUGGUGGGAUUUGCUGAGACUAUAUCUGAUGACAUCAUCUAUGACACUGAUGUUGCAAGUAUCUAGUAACCGCUGAUCUCUAGUGAUGGAUAGGCUGCAUUCUCAGUGAUGUCACCGCUGAUCUCUAGUGAUGGAUAGGCUGCAUACUCAGUGAUGU